CGAAAAUUUACAUCAUGUAAAAUGUAACACAGAAAGGACUAUCAAAUUCGGUAAAAAAUCAUCAAACAACCUGUUCACUCAUAAAUCAUUAUAGAUAUCAUUGCUAUGCCUCAAUAUAGUAAAAUACUCUAUUAUAUUUCGUCGCUUCAUUCUUCGAUAUAAAAAACAGGUAGUACUUUCAUCCUGCUGGCAACUCGCACGGUAAAAAGAAGGAAACAGUAUUGUUGAUUUCCGGGAGAAGUGGAGAGGGUAGCUGUAGCCGGUCACUGCUCCGUGAACGCCAUCAUUCUUUUUUCGUGCGCGGCAACGACCACGGGUAUUACAAUAUGCCUAAACGGAGUGCUGAAGAAAAAAUUAAAUAUUAUAAUUCAAAAAUUCGCAAGUUGGAACGAAAAAAGCGUCAUCGCACACGGUCACAGUCGUCAUCCGAGUCUGACAAAAAUUCAGAUAACGAACGACAAAUCGUGGACCCGCUACCAUCAACAUCGCAGCAUGCGUCUGGGACCACGCUCGAGGAGGUGCCGGAGGAUUUAUUGCCUGACGAAGUUUCUCCAGAGGUAAUUGCGAUGCCAGUUCCUGAACUAGAUCCACAGCUUUUGGAGGCUUUGGGUGACCCUACUGAUGAUACCCCGAUUUAUGGACCAGAUAUCCAUACAAGUUUGGCGCAACGUUGGCUACCUAUACUCAAAAAAGGUAUUCAAGCUGAGGCUAAGACGAAACUUCUUAAAGAAUACACGAUCCCCGAUAACUGUAAACUUUUAAAAGCGCCUACCUUAAAUGCGGAAAUAUCCGCAGCCGUCACAGAUUUAGUGAGGAAUCGUGACAAGAAACUUCAGGCUAAACAAGACCAACUAGGUUUGGGUAUAGCAGCUAUCAAUAAAGCCAUGUCUUUGCUUCUUACCUGUGAUGAUAAGGUACAAGUUACGAAAAUGUUAUCCGAUGGUUGCCGGCUACUUACGGACCUGCAUUUUAACGAAACCCAGGUACGAACGAAAUUAGUCACGCCGGGACUAGAUAAAGCGUUUCUCUCUCUUAUACAAGACCAAGACAGAGAUGAAACAUUAUUUGGUAAUAAAUUACCAGAAAAAAUAAGAGCUUCAAAAGCGAUCGAGAAACAAGGGCUUCAAAUCAAAAAAGUGACUAACCCUAAAUCAUCUUCGUCGACAGUUACUCGUUUUCAGAACCAGGGAAACUGGUCAGUGCCUCCUCGUUAUCCGCCGUCAAAACGGGGGGGGGCACACAUCCACAUACAGAACGACGGCACAACAACAUUACCGCCGGCCACCACCGGCGCCGCUACCGACGCACCCGAAACGAUCAUCGGCGAGGGCGAGUUCGAACAAGCGUGUCCCUGCGAGGCAGUAACACAGGACACCUCAGCCGCCCAGACAGUUUACCCUGGCUGCAGCAGUGUUAUCAGGAAAGCUUUUGAAUCCAGAGGUACACCGAUUUCGGCGCUCGACCUAGUCAUGGCAUCCCUCUCCAAGAACACACUAAUGCAAUACAAUGGUACUUAUAAAUUAUGGUGGCAAUUUUCUCAGAUACAUAACUAUGAUCCAUAUAUCUGUACCGUUUCAAAUGUUAUGUUAUUUCUAACUGAACAAUUUAAGAAAGGCGCUGCAUACGGGACUUUGAACUGUCACCGCUCAGCUCUUUCCCUUUUAUUAGGCAAUGUAACUUGUGAUGAGCAAAUCAAACGUCUUCUCAAAGGGGCUUAUAAACUAAGACCCGCCAUGCCUAAAUAUAGUUAUACCUGGGACCCACAGCUAGUUUUAAAUUUUGUGGCUAAAUGGGUACCCAAUAGAGAACUGUCAAUAGAACAACUGAGUAAGAAGAUAGUCAUUCUUUUGGCGCUGUGCACAGCUCAUAGAGUACAGACAUUAGCCUCAAUUAAAUUAGAAGAUAUAGUAAUUAACUGCAGCGGUGUCAAAAUAGGUAUUUCUAGUCCAAUUAAAACUUCCGCGGCAGGGCGCGAGCAACCAGUAUUAGUCUUACCUUAUUUUAGUGAGAAUAAGGCAAUCUGCCCCGCUACAGUCAUUGAAGAUUAUAUUUUUUGUACAAAAGAUAUUAGACCUUUCAACAAAAAUAAUCUUUUAAUAACGUACAAGCGACCGCACAGAUGUGCAACUGCUCAGACAAUUAGCAGAUGGAUAAAGCAGGUACUAGAAUUGAGUGGAAUUGAUGUGUCUAUGUUUAGUGCGCACAGCACGAGACACGCCGCUACAUCUGCAGCGCGUGCAUCCGGCCUUUCCUUAGAUACUAUUAGAAAAGCUGCCGGCUGGACCAACAGGUCUCAGACUUUCGCAAAAUUCUAUCAUCGUCCGAUGCUAGUUACGGAAGAUUUUGCCAGUUCAGUUCUAAUGCCAAAUAUGUAAGAAUUAGCAUUGUAAUAGAAUAAGUUACAUGUAAUGUAUAUUAGCCUAAGUUUAGAAAGAAAAUAAAGUGAUUUGUUUCAAGGAUUUUCUUUUAAAAUUAUCUUUUUUACCUAUAAUUUACACGAACAAAAUUUUCAACUCUAAACAUCUACCUGUUUUUUAUAUCGAAGAAUGAAGCGACGAAAUAUAAUAUAUGAUCAAACGAACUUACCAAGUGAAGUUCGAUCGAUAUUAUAUGAGUACGCUUCAUUCGAAGAUAUAAACACCCACCCGACCCUAUACCCAA